AUGGACGACGGCUCACAACGAGAAAGCAGCAACGAGGGUACCUUUGAAAAUGAAAAGAAAAAAAAAAAAAAAAAAAAAAAAAAACACACAUAUUCCGUAAUAACGGAAGUGAACUACUCACAGAAUGAGGACAACAAAUCGACAAAGAAACCCAGUAAGAAAAAAAAGGAAACCAAAAGAAAAAAAGUGCACAUAGAGGAUGUCCAAAGAGUAGGGGAUUUUAACGGGGAUGCUUCAAGUGACGAGUGGGGCAGGAACAAUAGGGCCCAGGAUGGACAAGACCCUCAACGCAGGGGUUGCAUAGACUCCCAGAAACGUGACGUCGAUUGUUUGCUAAAAAUAAGGAGGGAGAAAACGAGAAAACGGGAAAAGCAUAGAAACCACAGUAGCAACCGCAGUGGCAACCGUGGUAGCCAAGACGGCGACAGCCACAACAGUGAUAGCGAGCACCAAGUGCUGCUACUCCAAGGGGAGAAAAGCAACGGGAAGCUGGAAGCCACGACAGCUCCAUCCCGGCCUCUCCAUCAUAGGGAGGCCACCCGCAAGAGUAGAAGAGAAGACGCACCAUUCGAUAUGGUCCAUACUCCCCAAAUUUCGAACUCACCACGGAAUGGAAACUACGAGGAGCGGCCUCAGGGACACCGUCACAGUAGUCAGGACCGUGGUGGGAGAAACGGGAGGGUAAAAGUUGUGCUGCCCGUAGUGGACCCCAUUUAUAAUGUGAGCAGUGCUGAUAUGCACGAUUUGGGGAGUGGCGAUAUGCACAAUGUGGGGAGUGGCGAUAUGCACGAUGUGAGCAGUGGCGACCCCCACGAAGUAAGCGGCGCAGACCCGCACGAAGUGAGCAGCGCCGAUCCACCAAGCGCCAGCAGCAGUGAAGUGAACAUUUUUUCCAAGCUGCUCUACAAAAUAAGGAAAGCUUUUGUUGACAGGAGGGGGCAACCCAUAACGAAUGAAAACGUGGUGGAUAGCGACAUGUGCGAACUGACCAUUGUGGGUAGCAAUGGAAUUGACCCGAGUGGCCCUAACAACAUAGUGCAGCUUGUAGAGGACGAAGAUACGUUCAUAAUGCAGGGGCACGGCACUAGUCAGACAGGAAGGCGGGGAGAAGACAGAGUAGAUGCUUACCGGCAUGGAAGCACCCGGACCAACGAGAUGAUUACCCUGAACGGACUAAACCUGAAUGGACUGAACCCGAAUGACCUCUUAAACAGCUCGGGUCUCAUCAACGCCAGUCCCUCCGAAAUAAAUGAAAUUUUUAGUAAUGUAGAAAAUGGGAUCAUUAUAAUGGAAAGGCCGGAUUCCGGGACGAAUGACACCACAUCUGAUGAGGAAGCAUUGGAGCGUGGUGGAGGUAGCCACAAUGGUAGAGGUAGCGACGAUGGCCGUAGAACCCACCGUUUUAGCUACAGCAAUGUCUCCAACAGAAUAGCUACCUACGUCAAGGAAAAUAUAUCCUACGUAAAGGAAAAAAUAAAAAGCUACUGGCUGGAACGAGUGCGUGAAGCGAACACGCAGUUGGCAACACCUCAUCAGACUACGAACGAACGGGAGGAAGCAGACGAACGUUCCGUUCACCCCGAAGACGAAAACGAUGAUCCUAGUUGUCUUCAAGUUCUCUUCUUCUUAGGGUUAGUGUGUAAAUUUCCUAUCCUCUGGAUUAUUGGCUCCAUCGUAUUCUGCAUCACCCCAAAUGAACAUAAAAAAACCAAAAUGUGGAGUCUAGUUAAUACCAUGUUUGCUCUCAUUAGUGUCGUUUACUUUAUAAGCACAUCCAAAUUGAAAAUGCCAAAGCCAGCUUUUUUUGUCCUCAUGGAAUCAAAUACUGAAGAAAAGAAUAAUAUUCUUCCAAGAGGGGUUUUAAAGAAUCGGGACAAUGUCUUUCACAGUUCGGUAGUGCUCGAUGGAUCUACUACCUCUCAUUGGAUGGGGCAGAACUCCCCUGCAGUUUUCUCCGCGGAGGGGAAGUUCUUUCUAAAUUGGAACUUCGUGUCGACGCAGAAGCCGGAUACGCACGUUUUGCUAAGCACUGACGUGUACAAGCUCCUAAACCGCGUCCAAGUGACGUUCCUCUUCGGAAGGGGCAACAGCUACCCCCGUGCGCAGGUUGAAAAGAUGAAGCCUUUUUUUCAUGACCUAAAAGAGGGCCUCAGGCCAGUCCCCGUAGAGAGACUCACUAUGACGGACCAGGACAUCCCCGAGGACUUCUUCGGAGGAGGACUCAGGUGCGAACGGACAGAAAAAUACGCGCCCAAGCAGGCCAACAAAGCGGGGAUGGAAAAGCAAAAGGAAAAAAAGAAGGAAAAGGCCAAGUGGUAUUUAUUCUGGAAGGAAGACGACAACUCAAAGGAUAAUAAGUCAAUCGGAUCGGAAGAAGGAGCAGAUGUGUCCCUUCCCGUUGGAGAAAUCUUCUUUUUUAAAAGCCAAUACUCCUGCAGAGUGGCUUUCAUCUACCCAAAGAAAACGAACCCCGAUGAAAAGGAGAUGCCAGCAAAUUUUAUCCAAAUAAAUAAAAUUAUAAUAAAGGCCUUUUGA